GCCAGAGCUGCCGCAAAGCCCCCAUCCUCCAGGGCUUUUUAAAGCUCGUGCUUGCUUCACGCUCCAACGAUAUCAUCCAACUGACGGAGCUGCGCGGCGCCACAUCCACUACCGCCGUGGGAGCGAACACAAAUCAUUAGGAGGCCAUAACGGCAAAUAAAUCAACGGAAACGAGCUGCGGGUCAGAGAGUUUAACCCCGAAUCUGCCGAAGAAGAAGAGAGGAGGGGGGGUCGUCGAAGCUCUGAGUCUUUUGAAGAAAUGUGAGCACAACGGCGGGUUUUUUUUCUUCUUCUUCGGUUAGCCUGAUGCGGCGGGGACUGCAGCCGACUCGCUCGGUCCAGCCGCGUUGAUGCCGCAGCGGCCGGCUGUCGUGCUCCAUAUCCACCGCCACCGGACCGGGGAAGACAAAAGGUGAAGCAGGCUCCGCUCCGGACCGACACACUGCAUCCGCUUCGGGCUUCAGUAGUGUCCCUGUGAGGAAUCAGGUUAAAGAGUGACGUGACAGUGAGCAGCUGCGUCAGGAUGGCGGCCGUGGUGAACUAUUCUCCUCCGUGGUGGGUGAAUCUGCUCCACCGGUUGCCUCACUUCAACUUAGAAUUUCAAAUGGUGAGCAGCGACUUCAGACCCGAGGACUCGGAGUAUCAGAAGUCUGUUUUGCUCAUUGGCUCUGUGGCUUUGGUGUGCUUGGGCCUGGACCUCCUUUUCCUCCUCAUCUACUCCUUCUGGCUUUGCUGCCGAAGAUGCAAACGUGACGAGUCCUCACGCUCCCAUACACACUCCCAGCAGCCGAGUGCCGACUGCUGUUGCACUGCUUGGUGUGUCAUCAUCGCCACGCUCGUUUGCAGCGCUGGCAUUGCUGUAGGAUUCUACGGAAACGGGGAGUCCAGCGAUGGAGCCAAUCGACUGGCAUACUCCCUUCGUCAUGCCAACCGCACUAUAUCUGGGGUGGAGAAACUGGUGUCGGACAACGCCCAAGCCUUAAACCAGACUGUGGAGGAGAGCUUGGUCCAGUUAGAGACCACCUUCCAGGAACAGACAGACUUUGUGGCCAUCGUCCAAAAGCUGCAGGGACAACUGGAUGAGCUGGUGAGACUGAUGGUCGAUGUUCCCUUCUGGUCCAACACCGAUAUCUCCCUGGAAGACUUGGCCCAAAAAACAGAGGCGUUUGAUUUUUACAGAUGGUUGGGGUAUCUCAGCCUGCUGCUGUUUGAUGUCCUCAUUUGUCUUCUGGUGCUCUUUGGUCUCAUACGAAACUCUCGGGGCACUCUGAUUGGCGUGUGUCUGCUCGGCGUUUUGACUCUGAUAAUCAGUUGGGGUUCUCUGGGCCUGGAACUGGCUGUCGCUGCUUCUGCCAGCGACUUCUGUGUUUCCCCGGAUACUUACAUCACCAGCGCAACCAAAGAAAACGCUGUCAUCAACCAAGAUAUCCUGCAGUAUUACCUGAGGUGCAGCUCUGGACAAGUCAAUCCCUUUCAGCAGAGGCUGUCAGGGAGUCACAAAGCAUUGGUGGAGAUGCAGGAUGAUGUGGCAGAGCUACUGAGAUCAGCAACACGUGACUAUGCCAGUGCCAAGGAGAGUCUUGAGCAAAUCCAGUCUGUGUUGAACUCCACUGAGGUUGGUCUUCACCAGCUGACAGCUCUCGUUGAUUGCCGCAGCCUACACAUGGACUACGUCCAAGCAUUGACUGGGCUGUGCUAUGACGGAGUGGAGGGUCUCAUCUACCUGGUCCUCUUCUCCUUCGUCACUGCUCUGAUGUUCUCUUCUAUCGUGUGCAGUGUGCCACAUACUUGGCCAAGGAAGAGGACGGAUGAGGAGGAUGGCGAAGACGAGUCGGGCGCCUCACGUGGCGGUGCGCACGAUAACCUGUACCGCGUUCACAUGCCCAGUCUCUACAGCUGUGGCUCCAGCUAUGGUAGCGAAGCUAGCCUGCCAGCUACAGCCCACACUGUCAGCAAUGCCCCCGUCACUGAAUACAUGAGCCAGAAUGCAAACUUUCAGAACCCUCGGUGUGAGAACACCCCCCUGAUUGGCAGGGAGUCCCCUCCACCCUCUUACACCUCCAGUAUGAGAGCAAAGUACCUGGCCACCAACCGACCGGAGCAGAAUCGCCGCUCCGUUCCCAACGACCAACUGGAUCCUGCCAGCCGGCCUCACCCCGCUGCCCGACCUCAGUCCUCGGUCCACUAGAGACCACUUCAAUUCGGCACUGCCUCAGUCCUGUUCUCACAGCCAAACGCCAGACCCAACUCAGCGCUCAUGCCAGAGCUCAACUAAGUGCAUUUAGGAGCACACUUCAUCAAAGAUGAACUUCAUCACCAUUUCUUCAUGAAACAAUGGAACUCAUCAACCAACGCGAAUGACUGCACUUUGAAAUUCAGCUCUGACUUCUCACCUACAGUUCAUCCUAGAGGAAGAUAAUCAUCCUUUAAGGUCACUAUUCCUACUUCUUUUAAUGUCUUCACUCAGCUGUUCAUUCCACUACCCACAAUGCAUCGCAACAAGAGAGCCUCCACAAUUUAAGCUUCUGUUUGUCAGAUAUUUCCCUCCCCGCUUUGUACGCUGACAUUCCAGUACUUAUCAGUAUUCGACUCAGUCUCUUUUACAUUCAGACCACACACACACUCGCCUGCUGUACAGAGCUGUAAAUAGUCAACAUGUGCUUUAUUCUGAUUUAAUUAAAAAUAGCCUGUCGAAUCCUCACUGGUUACGUGAUGUGCUGUGUGUUUAAUAUAAAACUUUCUCGACGUUUCUCUUGUACGAACACACAGACACCAACUGGCGGACAAACAAACUGAACUCUCACGCUUACAACAAAACAAACCAGUGAGUCAGAAAGCCAUGUUUAGAUAGGAACUGAUACGAACUGUGCCACCACGUUCACAUUUACAAGACUUGAAUUGUGAGAUUUAAAAAAAAAAAAAAAAAAAAA